AUGAUUGCUGUGGUGACUAAAUUAUUGAAAAAUCUACCAUGAUAAUAUAUUAUUAUGAUAAUAUUGAAACAUUUAUUUUUAGUUAAUGAAAUAUGAAAUGCAAUAAAUGUAAAUGUACUUGGUCAUUUUUUGAACAGUUGCCAAAAAACAAAAUUUAAAAAACUACUACAUUUGAUAAAAAUAUUCAGUGAUUACAAUACUAUUGAUUUUUUGACACAAUAGUCGUUACUUUUAAUUUAGUAAACAAUGUGUAUAUUAUUUGUAUUAAAUGAAACAAAUCCUAAACCCGAUGAAUAUAAGCUGAUUGUAGUCUCGAUUCGCGAUGAAUACUACUCGAGACCCGCACUACCGCUCAGUCAUAUCGACGACAUAAUCGGCGGCAGAGACUUAGAGAAGGGUAGAGAAGGCGGGACAUGGCUUGCGAUGAAUACUAAUGGAAGAAUCGCUGCUCUUCUCAAUAUUCUUGAACCACAUUCAGACAUCAGUCCUGAUAAGAAAAGUCGAGGAUUUCUUGUCAUUGAUUAUCUUCAAAGUAAUUAUAAUCCACGACAACAUUUGGAUCAAAUCAGUGAAAAAGCUUUCGAUUAUAACGGGUUUCGUAUGAUUGCUAUUCAUGUCAAGUCAGACUCCAUCGAUAUGUCUGUAUUAUCUAAGUUUGACAGAAAGCCAAUACAAUUGAAAUCAGGUGUUUAUGCUUUUGGUAACAAUAGGAUUGAAGGAAAACUUUGGCCGAAAGUUGAAAACGGAAGACAAAAGUUUGAACAGAUUGUCAAUAAAUACAAAAAGAUAACCGAAAAGAAAGAAUUAGUCGAAUCUUUAUUUGAUUUUUUAUCGGACACUACUCGAUAUGAAUUGGACGAACAAAUGUCAAGUCAAGGAAAUGAUAAACCAAUUGAGACAUUGAAGUCCAUGAAUGCCCUCAAUGUUAUGAUUUCAGGUUAUGGAAGCCGUACUCGAUCUGUGAUUUUGGUGGACAAUCAGCUUAAUGUCGAGUUUAUCGAGAAAACAAUGAAAGAACCGAUUGAUAUAACAAAUGGUUGCGAAUGGAUAACUAAUUCAAUUAAUUUUAAAAUUAAAUCAUGA